GUCAUGCUGGGUUUUUGCUGUCAUUUUACUCAGGUGUUGAAAGGGGCAACAGUUUUCUACUGUGCUCCGGUUUAAGUUUUGUUUAAUGGAAAUGGAGAAAUAGGCGGACAUUGGAAGAAAAUAAAUCGAUAUUUCAGACACCAAGGGAGAACCUGGUCGGGAUUUAUACCUGAAUGCACGGAAAAACAAGACCUACCAGCAAACAAAACAAUUCUUAUUAUUAUUAUUAUUAUUAUUAGUAUUAUUCUUAUAAACAAAACCAACUGAAAAAACUGGAAACAGAAUGGAAACCGUAUCUCUGAUUUCAUUGUGUCUUCAAAUAUAUAUUUCUCAAUCCCAUUGUUUAGGUAGUGUUUCCCCUUUGACAUCUUCAGAUGAGUCAGUGGAGCUGGUGGAGGAUGCGUCAGCCUCCAGGGAGGUACUCUUUAUCUUCAUGGGCUGUGUCGGUGUCUGAAUCCGACAUUACAGUAUCGUGCUACAUGGGCUCGGGAUUGGACUCCAUCCCAGCUCACAGUUUUUGGUUCCCAGAACGUUACCUUUUGGUUGUGGGAACGUUGGUUCCCUGAAGGUUAGUUCGUUUUUGGUUCGGUUCCCAGAACAUUUCCUUUCUACAACCUUUAUACAACCUUUACAGAACGUUCUAUUUUGGUUCCCCGAAUGUUCAGAAUGAUGUGACUACUUGUAAAGCAGUUGUUUUCAGUGUAACUGAAUCAAAUUACUAGAAUCAAUUAAUUAAAGAUAUUUGUUCAGUACUUCCUCCGUUUGACACAAAUCAAGUUUGAUGAUGCUGGGAAAGGGCCGGUGAUUCCUUUAUUUGAGAUGCUGGAGUGCUUUGAUGUGGUCCUUUGAGCUUUUGGUACUUUGAACAUUGCCAUAAAUAUUACACAUGAUAGGAGAAUGAAAAAGGUGCCACUUAAAAGCUACUUGUGCUGUUUACGCAUUUGGUUAUACGGUAAAUACAACGUUCAAGCUGCAGACAUGGGAAUAUAGUACCAGUUCCCUUUAUCAGAAAAAGCAGGUAUUUGAGGAGAUUGUAUACUUUAUGUUUGUGCAGGAUCAAAAAUAUUGAUUUAAAUGGAUUGAAAUCAGCACAUUUCUGUGCGUAGGGCCUUUAAAGUCAGUAUUUUAGGUCACAUUGUUUACAAUAAAAUAGGUGGGGGCGCUUGUUUUCAUGCAGCUAUAGACCAGCCGUUAUGAUGCUCAGGCACAACUUGUUACUUUAUUUAAAGAGGUUAUCCUCCUAUAGCCCUGCAGUUUUUAUGCUCAGUGUUUCAAUUCAGCAGUAGCUCUGGGCGUAGAAAAGUAUGUUUUUAUUACAUCUGAAUCUGACUUUGAAUUUGAAUGUUUCUGUCGGCCGAGAGGGGCAAACGCAAAUGUUUUAAGACUUGAUGGUGUUUUGGGACUUGCCAGUGUUUUGGGACUUGCUGGAGUUUUGAAAAAAAAAACAGUGAAGUGACAGAAACGAGAUAGUUUCACCUCUACACCGUGCACUCAGCAGCAGCUGGAGGCAAUAAAGCAAACAGCACUGGCCACUGAUAUCGUCAUCAGAGGUCAUAAUGUCAACAAUAGCCAGAAGUACAUUUAGGACAUUAAAAUGCCACCUUUCAUGUUUUUCAUCCUCACUGGAAAUAUAAAACCAUCAUAUCUGGCUGCUAAUGUAACUGUGAUGUGUGACCUGGGGUGAGAAGGAACGUGUGAAUAGCUGCGUCAGAAUCCUUGACAUCUUGUUUUGCCGGUCGCACUCUGUUCUAUUAACUCCCAUCCCUCAAGAUGUGUCGAGAUAAAGUGUAAACGUGACUCACAUUCAAGGAAAAUAAUAUGAAAUAUGACAUUUUGACAAUCUUUUAAGUGAAAAAAAAUGAUUCACACAAAACAGGAUUUGAUUAAAUAAAGCACAGAAACCACAAUAUGGUUUGUAAACACAAGGAUUAUUUGCACCCAAGAGCUUGACAUCCAUCUUGAUUUGAAGGACCAAACUCCGACUUCUGCUGGGUUCCAGCGUCAUCCUUGAGGAGACAUCACACCACUGUCAGCUCUGGAUCAGGACAUGCUUUUCCCUCACCAAGGCCGAAUACAUUACGAAGAACCUGUGGCCUCAGCAUUUGUAAAAAUUGCCACCGUGGGUAACACACAUUGACUAUAUAAACGCUCUCUGCAGCUCACCUCAAGUCAUCACACAUCCUUGUUGCUCUCCACACACCCAAAGCUAAGCUCUCCUGCAGCCACCCGUUGAGUUUCUGCCUCUGCUGACCUGCUGAGGACCAGUGACACAUCACACCAUGCUUGCUGCUAAGUGUUUGGCGUCUCUGAUGGUGGUGCUCGUGGCUGCAGCGAGUGUGGUCCACGCACAGGAGAGGAUUAAGAUGUGCGGGAGGGAGCUGAUACGUGUGGCCGUCUCAACCUGUGGGAACUCACGUCUACGGAGAAGCAUCGCCGAUGGAGAGCUUGGCCAACAUCAGCUCACUCAUUACUGGGGCCAUGAUGCCUCCACAGAGGAGCACUUGACUACAGAGACAGCCCACAUCCCUCUAGAGUCUGACAGGGAGAAAGACACCCUGUUCUUGGCUCCUCACUGGUACCCACUGUCUUCUCGGGUCCGUCGAGCACCUGGAAGAAUAUCUGACAUUUGCUGUGAGAAGGGCUGCAGCGUGAAAGAGCUGAUACAGUUCUGCUAGACUUAGAUUCAGAUUAGAAUGAGUGUGCUAUUUGUCCCAGUCAUGUUGCAUUCAGGUUAACACUGCACAUCAUUUUAGGUAUUUAUAAUAAAUUAUUUCUGUAUCAUUUUCGUUUUAUGACAAAGUGAAAUGAUUAUUUAUUUUGUACUAUCUUUAUUGUA